CAACGCUCAGUUGUGGCUAUUGUUUUAGGGGAAAGGCAUUAUUUGAGUGCUAAAUAAAUAUUGUGCUGCGCAGUGACCUUAAGGGCACCUUUUUUGAGCUCAUCCAGCUGCCAAAGAUUUUUUUUGUGUGUUUAUUCAUGUGGAGAGGAUGGGGAGUGCUACUGCUAUAUGUUUCAUGCUGCUGGUCUCGAAGAAAUCAAACCUGGGAUCUCUCAGAAGCAGCUCUACCAAGGUCCAUUCCCUGGGCCGAGGGUUGCAUGGUAGCUGCAGUUGCUUCCCCAGCGGGCCAGCCUGGGAGGAGAAAGCAGCCACCAUGUCCCAAGGAGGAGCACGAGGAGCUGCCAAGCCCCAGGACCGGGGCUGGGCAUGGAUGGUGCUGCUCGCCGCGGUGCUGCUGCAGGGGCUGACACUGGGCUUCCCCUCCUGCAUUGGCGUCUUCUUCACGGACCUCCAGCACGAGUUCCAGGCCUCCAACAGCGAGACGUCGUGGUUCCCCUCCAUCAUGGUGGCCGUGCUGCACGGAGGCGGACCCCUCUGCAGCAUCCUGGUGAAGCGAUUUGGCUACAGGUUUGCCGUGAUGUUGGGAGGCCUGCUCAGCAGCGUGGGCAUGGUGUCCAGCUCCUUCUGCAAGUCCCUCGGCCAGCUUUACUUAACAGCUGGCCUCAUCACUGGUCUGGGAUCAUGUUUCAGCUUCCAGGCUGGACUGACUGCGCUGGGCCACUACUUUGUGCGGUGGCAAACAUUGGCUAACGCCAUGGCAUCCACCGGCGUCUCUCUCGGUUUCACACUGUGGCCGCUGCUUUCUCAAUACAUGCUGGACGAGAUGGGCUGGAGAAACACUUUCCUUAUCUUUGGAGGAAUACUAUUGAACUGUUGUGUCUGCGGAGCCAUUAUGAGACCAGUGCAACUUGCUUCAGGAUCACUUGUACAGUUACCCAGGCCUGGAGAGGAUUCAGGGAGAGGAGCAGAAGAGGCACAGCUGUCCAAUGGAGCAUCUUCUCCCCACCUAAAGUACCAGCAGCAAAACAGAAAGACUGCAUGCUUCCAGGUGCUGCAGAAGUACCUGGCUUUUGAUAUCUUCUGUCAAAACAAGGGUUACCAGAUUUACACUAUCGGAGUGACCUGGAUGAUGAUGGGGUUUGUGUUACCCCACGUCUACCUAGUACCUUAUGCCAUCCAGAAUGGGGUGGAGGAACGCAAGGCAGCCCUCCUCAUCUCCAUUAUUGGGUUCAUCAACAUCUUCAUACGCCCUUUGACAGGGCUGCUUUCGGGACACAGAAUCUUCACAGGAAGACGCAUCUACCUGUUCAGCCUGGCUGUGCUCCUCUGCGGGCUGAGCAAUUUCAUUUGCAUCAUUUCAGCUGAGUUCAACGUGCUCAUCGUCUACUGCGUCAUCCUCAGCAUAGCCAUGAGUGGCAUUGGGGCACUCACCUUCCAGGUGCUGAUGGAUGUGGUGGAGAUGGACAGGUUCUCAAGUGCUCUAGGGCUCUUCACAAUCCUGGAGAGUAUCACUCUCCUCAUUGGACCCCCUCUCACAGGUCUCCUGGUGGACAUAACCAAUGAUUUCCACUAUGUCUUCUACACCUCCAGUUUCCUCCUGAUAUCAGCUGCUUUGUUCAUGGGGCUCAGCUUCUGCGCUCUGGAAAAAAAGAGAAAUUUGAAAGAGGCCUCAAAAGUCCCUUUGGAUAAUGCCUCCAGAUAUCAAUACAAUGACACGCCAACUGAACCACAGCCUGAAAGUCAAUCCACUCCAGCAGUCGUGUAUGUCACAAGCAUAUGAAAAUAAAGAAAAAAAGAAAUAAAAAGGAAAAAAGAGAGGAAUACAAAAAAUUAUGUGGCUUGUACAAAGCUACACAAGGCCUGGCACUGAUGGCAGAGAAACCAAGUGCGUGCAUCCCACAGCUAUCAUUGUUCUCAUGCCCCGCGCUUCCACUCGGCGGGGCCGUGUCAGGCUCCACGCAAGCAAUGUGGAUCUCGGGCUGAGCCCAGCGCCAGCCCAGGAGCUGAAGGACACACGGAUCUGUGCUUUCCUAAAGCAGGCCAGGGGGUAACAGCCAUGGCAGCCAGCUCUGAGAAGCAAAAGCCACAUUGAUUAAAUCGGCUUAAGUCGGUGCCUUUCUGAAGUCACUGGUAUUUCACGUACACAUUUCAGCUUUAGCACAGGAAAAUACAUAUUGAUGGCUAUGCACAAUGGUAGUUCUUUCACAGAGUAAUUACACGCCUAGUGUGAACGUAAAAAUUUGGUGCAGGUCUGUAUGAACUUUCCUGGUAGCCUCUCACAUUGUGGGGGGAGGAAACAAACACUUUCAGUUGGAAGAAUGUCAUUUCCCACAUCUCAAAAUAUUAUAUGGAGGCUGCCAUAUGGGUCACAGAACUCAGGCAAGUCUCUAGGAAGAUCAAAUAUUUUUCUCCUUAUGAGGUAUAUAUGAGUUCUUCAUGCCAAAGGCAUUUUCAAAGCCUCAAAUGGUCAACUCCAGAGCAUCAAAAACAAAGACCCAAACCUUACAGUGAAUGCCUUGCAUAACUAGUGGUAUUUCUAGUGCUUCCUGAUGUAUCACAACUGGGGAUUCAUGGCUUGUAUAAAUACAUUUCUUUCCAGCAUCAACUGGGACACUUUUUUUUUUUUUAAGGGGACAGGUGAAGAGCACGACAUAAAAGGUGGUAGUAGACCAGAGAACGAAUGUAUGCAUCCUUAUCCUUAUAUAGGGCCAAAUCCUUGUGUAAAUGCCUUUAGACUCGUAGACUUAUGUAUACCAGCAUUCUCAGCACAGAGAAGUUUGCACAAGUAUAACUUACAUGUCAAAAAGAAAGCAAUGUGGAAAAAUAUACUAAGAAAAGCCAGUGUUAACGUUCAUAUCCAUGCAGUCUUUUGACUGUAAGUGGCUUUUCCUGCCACCCUCCCGGAGUUACACUUGUAAGCACUGACACAAGAGUUGCAUCAGCUGCUGAACUCCCUCGGGAUGAGUUCAAAUUGCAAACUGUUUAUAUUUCAUAUCUCUCCUGAUCUAAACAGAUAUCUCACAAAGUACUGGAGCUGGAGAUUACUCAACAUAAUAGAACCUCCAAAAGAUAAAAUCAUACAAUGUCAGUGAAAUGAAAGAAGUAACACCUUUCAACUGAACAGCUGAACCAGCAGCUUCUAAUUCAACUUUAACACUUAAUCUUGAGAACUGUUGUAUCAAAGUCUUAGCAACAAAACCAGUUUUCAUUAGAACUGUGGGCUCCCUGGAAAAGCAAACCCCAAAAUAAAUAAAUAAAUGAAAACCAAACAUGAAGCCACUAGAAAAUUGAUUCCAAGGCUUUCUAAGACUAAUGGUUUCUCAGCUAUUAUUUACAGCCCUUCAGAAUGGUUCCUCCUUCCACAGCUCAGAAGCAUCCUCAUCAAAAUAAACCAAUGUAGAAGGA